AUGUCCGGGGUGGUGCGGACCCUGAGCCGCUGCCUGCUGCCGGCCGAAGCCACCAGCCGUGGGGAGCCGCGGCGGGAGGGCAAGGAGCGGAGCCGGGACUCGGAGCGGGAGGCGCGGCGGCGGAGCCGGGAGAUCGACGCGAUGCUGGCCCGGGAGCGGCGCGCCGUGCGCCGCCUGGUCAAGAUCCUGUUGCUGGGCGCCGGCGAGAGCGGCAAGUCCACUUUCCUCAAGCAGAUGCGGAUCAUCCACGGCCGCGAGUUCGACCAGAAGGCGCUGCUGGAGUUCCGGGCCAUCAUCUACGAGAACAUGGUCAAGGGCUGCAAGGUUCUCGUUGAUGCACGGGACAAACUAGGGAUUCCUUGGCAGUACACGGAGAACGAGAAGCAUGGAAUGUUUUUGAUGGCUUUUGAAAACAAAGCUGGAAUGCCUAUAGAGCCUGCCACAUUCCAGUUGUAUGUACCUGCACUGAGCGCACUGUGGAGGGAUUCUGGGAUCAAGGAAGCUUUUAGCCGUCGGAGCGAGUAUCAGCUGGGUGAAUCGGUGAAAUACUUCCUGGAUAACCUGGAUCGGAUUGGCCAGCUGAAUUAUUUCCCCAGCAAACAAGAUAUUUUGUUGGCCAGAAAAGCCACCAAGGGAAUCGUAGAGCAUGACUUCAUCAUUAAAAAAAUCCCUUUCAAGAUGGUGGAUGUGGGUGGACAGAGGUCUCAGCGUCAGAAGUGGUUCCAGUGCUUUGAUGGGAUAACUUCUAUUUUGUUCAUGGUUUCCUCCAGUGAAUAUGACCAGGUUCUCAUGGAAGACAGACGCACAAACAGACUGGUGGAGUCCAUGAACAUCUUUGAGACAAUAGUCAAUAACAAGCUCUUCUUUAAUGUUUCUAUCAUCCUAUUCCUGAACAAAAUGGAUCUCCUUGUAGAGAAGGUAAAGACAGUCAGCAUUAAGAAGUAUUUCUCAGACUUCAAGGGUGAUCCUCACAGGCUAGAAGAUGUUCAGCGUUACUUGGUGCAGUGUUUUGACAGAAAGCGGCGGAACCGCAGUAAGCCACUCUUCCAUCAUUUCACAACUGCCAUAGACACUGAAAAUAUCCGCUUUGUGUUUCAUGCAGUAAAGGACACAAUCCUUCAAGAGAAUCUGAAGGAUAUUAUGUUGCAGUGA